CAACAAACAGAAACGCAGAAAUGUUGGAUAAAAAUAAUUCUAGCGUUUAAAUUAAGAGAAAAGUGCAGAAUUUAUAAUCUUAACAUAUAAAACCAGUUUUAAGACUUACUUUAAUUGAUAGUUUCAUAAAAAAAUCACAAUGUUUAUUUACAUGAGUAAAAAGAUUGCUAUACCAAAGCAGUCAAACGUAACAUGUAUUGCAUGGAACCAUUCAUCUGGGUAUAUUGCUGUUGGUGGCGAGGAAGGAAUGCUGAAAGUUCUCAAGUUAGAAUCCGGUGGAGGAGGCAAUCUUUCAAUGAAUAUUAGUUUGGAGGGUCACACUGGCCAACUAUGUGUUGCUGUGUGGAAUGAAGUUUUUCAAAAGUUAACAACUAGUGAUGAACAUGGUGUCAUUAUAGUGUGGAUGCUGUAUAAGGGGUCGUGGUAUGAAGAAAUGAUAAAUAAUAGGAAUAAGUCUACUGUAGCAGGCAUGGCUUGGGGCUCUGAUGGACAAAAGAUCUGUAUAGCGUAUGAGGAUGGUGCUGUUAUUGUUGGAUCUGUGGAUGGAUCUCGAGUUUGGGGUAAAGAUAUCAAAGGGCCAGGCUUAUCAGCUGUACAGUGGUCUCCAGACAACUCCUUGCUGCUUUUUGCUUUAGCUAAUGGAGAAUUGCAUUUAUAUGAUGACCAAGGGAAUUUCACAAUGCCAGUUGCAAUUCAUGGUGUAUCAGAAUCAAUGGAAGUUGUUUCAAUGGAUUGGUUCUCAGGCAGUGCACCAACUACCAGGCCUGUAUUGGCUAUAUGUUACAGAAAUGGUGUAAUCAUUCUAAUGAAGAAUUGCAUAGAAGAAGAUAGUGUAGUAGUGGAAACUAAUAUGACGGCAAUUGAUUGCCACUGGAACCACAAUGGAACUAUUCUAGCUGCUGCGGGAUGCACAAAUGACCAGACCAAUGUGGUUCAGUUCUUCAAUCCCUAUGGAGAACAUAUAAGAACUCUACGAGUGCCUGGGGGUUCAAUGCGUGCGUUAUCGUGGGAGAAACGCUCAUUGCGAUUAGCCAUUGCUAUCGAUUCCUUUAUAUACUUUGCCAAUGUGAAGCCAGAUCACAAGUACGCAUUUUACGGAAAUACAUUAGCUUACGUGUCUGGUAAUGAAACAGUUACAUUCUGGGAUACUUCCACUCAUCAGUCAUGGAUCAAUCACAUACCUGAGGUAAUGGACAUGUGUGGAGUUGGUGAAUACUGUAUUAUUGCAACUAUGAGCUCCCUUAUAAUUUCCAAUCAGCAAGGAAUUCAAUGUGAUGCUAAAACAGUAUCGAUACCUGUUUUAUACGUGGCGAUUAAUAGCAAAGCUGUAGCAGUCGCAGCGUCGAAAGAAUCAUUUAUUGUUUGGAAGUUUUCGACACCAUUAAGACCAAGGAGCACAGAACAGUUGUACCAAGCCGACGGGUCCCCAUUAACCUCGGGCGACGCUGGGUUCCAAGACGAUACCAUCUGCUGCAUCACAUGCUCCGACAGCCAUCUUCUAGUUGGGAGGGACUCGGGAAAUAUCCUGCUUUUCUCCCUUGUCAACUUUAAGAAAAUCACGUCCAUCAAUAUGAAUUCAAAGCCCUACAAACUAGGUCUCAACUCUAAUUCCAGCAAAUUCUACGUAAUCGACCAGCCGGGUAGCCUGUAUAUCCUGGACACGGAUAUGGCGAACAACAUCAGCGUGGGACAGGCGCUGCGCCGCGACGUGUGGAGCGCGCGCUGGGCCGCCGACAACCCACAGAUGCUCGCCGUCGCCGAGAAGGCGCGCCUCUACGUGCUGCGCGACGCCGAGCCCGAGGAGCCGCUCGCUAUGCAGGGCUACCUGUGCAAGUUCCGGGAAUUGGAGAUUACAAUGGCACUCUUAGAUAAUAUCACCGAUAAAUGCACACCUCAACACAUUGUACGAGUGGAAGUGAAAUCCUUGCGUGACACUCGCCAACUGAUCGAAAAAGUCGGCCUCAAAGAAGCGGAGAAUUUUAUAAAGGAUAACCCACACCCACAGUUAUGGCUUUUGUUAGCUGAAGCCGCGUUGAAAGACUUUGAAUCUGAGAAUGCUCUGGAAACGGCAGAGGCGGCUUUCGUCCGGCGCAACGACUACGCCGGAAUCCGGUUCGUGGCGCGUUUGAACGCGCUGCACUCUAACGCACUUAAGAAAGCUGAGAUACUCGCUUACUUCAAAGAUUUUGACGCCGCUGAAAAGAUAUACCACAACGAAGACAGGCGUGACUUAGCCAUAGCGCUGCGGAAGCGCCUAGGCCACUGGUUCCGCGUGGUAGAGCUGCUGAAGAUGUCUGCGAGCACCACCGACGCGCAGGUCAAGCAGACCUACUGCAACAUCGCCGACUAUUACAUCGACAGGCAGAACUGGGCUGGUGCUCUCGAAUACUACACGUUGUCAAACAACACGGAAGGGCUUAAGAAAUGUUACAUGGCUUUAGAGGACAAUGAAUCGCUGGCUAAGCUAUUCACCGGAACAUCAAAACCGACAAAGGAAGGACCAAUAAAGCAAAGCAUUUUGGAUGACAUAAGCGAGGGCGUGAAUCAGAUUCCCUCAAUUCAAAGCAUAUCGCAGUUGCGUGAGUCCGGUCGAAUGUUACAGGCUGCUGCCAUGGCUUUUCAGUUAGCUGGGAUAGAAGCAUCGAAUAAAGUUUCACCAUUACGAGUAAAGAAAUUAUACAUUCUAGCUGGACAUCUUUAUAGCCAAAAUUCUGUUGACGGCGCAAAAAGCCGCGAGGCCGUGCGUUGCUUCCGCGCGGGCGCUGCGCAGCACUGGCUGUGGCUGGCGAGCGCGCGCGCCGCCGCCCGGCCGCCGCGCCCCGACGCCGCGCUGCGCGCCGCCGCCCGCCUGCACGCCGCCGCGCCCGACCUGCACCCCGCGCAGAGCACGCAGGUCUGGUGCACUAUAGCGUAUAUAGCGUUCCAAGCAAGAGCAUUCGAUUUAUGCUCAAAGGCGUUUGUGAAACUUGAAGCACUUGAUCCGGAUACAUUCGAACCUCUCGCGAUAGAAAUAUUCACGAGAUUCAAGCCUAAAGACGCGAAAGGAAAUAAAAUAGAUUGUCCUAAUUGUCAAGUUGCUAUGCCUGAAUGGAUGGCGUCGUGCCCGGCGUGCGGCGGCGCGCUGGCGGGCUGCGUGGUGUCGGCGCGCGCGCUGGGCGGCGCGCACACGGCCUGGGCGUGCGCCGUGUGCGCCGCGCGCGCGCACCGCCACGAGCUCGUGCUGCGCCACUCGUGCCCCAUGUGCCACGUGCAGCUCGACUGACUACACUCAACUUUAGAUCAGCGUUUAUUUGCCUUUUUUGUCCAUGGACUACUUAGGAAAUCGAGCACAAUUUUAAGGAAUAUUAUUGUAAAAAAGCAGCAAUAAAUUUUGGUUUUACGAGGCUUGGUGGCAUUUAUUUAGCCUAGGCACAGACCAUCGAUUUUUCGUCGGCCGAUAGUUUAGUCGGGCAGUCGCUAUUGGUCCAAUUCGUAAUUGGUCCAAAAUGAAAGAAAUAAGGAGGUUAUUCAACUUUUACUACUACAUAUUGCAGAAAAAAGCGAAUUGGUCCAAUUACAAAUUGGAGUUCUGAAAUACAGGAAUUUCCCAGUUUUGGCUCCAGUCCUCUCAAAUAUGUGUUUACUUACCUUCAUUUUAAACAUAACUUACUGUGCAAUGUAAUGUAGUGAACAUGUAAUGGUUUUUGAAAGAGGGACAUGUUUGGGUACAUCGUUUUGUGCUACACCACUGAUAUUCAUCAGCUCAUUAAAUAGUUGGAAGAACGGAUCCACAGAUGUACUAAUUCCUACCUACCAAUAAAAUUGUCACUAAGUGAAUUGAAAAUCACCAACAAUAUUUAUAAAAUAAAUAUCUGUAUAUUAAUUAUUACAUUGUUUUUAUUUGUUUUCUCUCCUACAAGGCAAGUUUUAGGAGCACGGGCCAAAGCCAAAUGCAUCCUAGUUACUUUAGUUUCAUCAAUGUUCAAAAACUUUCUGACUAUCCUGCAAGGUGCGUAGGCGUAUAACUGUUUAGGGAUGACUCCCAUGGUGAAGAUUACAAUUGGAACUGCUAAGACUGGUUAUGCACCAUUGUCCUGUAUUGAAAGGUCUCUGUACUUAGCUAAUUUUUCAGUGUGUUUUUAUAAUAAGCUCUGUUAUUAUUAUUCUGUGAAAUUGAAAUUACUGUGCUCUUAUUUUACUGUUGAUGUAAAAAAUUCUCAAAUCUCCCUCCAGUAGAGGUCACAAUACAUUAAGAAGUGCUGUAAAGUUUGAUCCUUAUACUUUCGCAGUUAUAAUCAGUUUCAAAAAAAGAGAACACUCCAUUAUGGAUAACUGUCAUAAUAAAAGCCUUUGUUUAAUGCUAUUAAAUAUUUUAUUGAAGGUUUCACAAAAGAACAAGUUCCUGAAGUAUUACAGAGUUGAAUUGCCGCCUGACUAGAUAUUCUCUUUUUACAAGCUUCUAUUUAGGUUUUGAUUGUGUAAUUAACUGAAAUUUUAUUUUAUAAAUUUUAAACUAGUGCUGUUUAUUUGUACUUAAAAUAAUAAUGUUAAGGAAAAUGGACUUUUCAUUUAGUGAAACUUGAUUGAAAGUAAUGCUUUUAUAUGGAUUUGCUCA